AUGGAUAUUACCGCUGGUCGAGGUGAGCCACGAAAUCUUGGACGGCGUGUGAGCUACAAUGCUUUCGUGGUUUUCGAUGAGCUUCGAAAGACUAAUCAGCUAUGUGACGUGGUUUUGCGAUGUGAAGACAAAGAUUUUCCCGCCCAUAGGAAUAUUCUGGCGGCCAGCAGCCCAUACUUCAGGGCCCUCUUUACCAACGGCAUGCAUGAGACUCAGGAAAGAGUCGUCAACAUUCCAGACACCAAGGCCCACCUCCUUAGUCUCAUCUUAGACUACGCCUACACGAGAGAAGUCAAAAUCACAGCGGAAAACGUGGAGGCAUUACUCCCGGCUGCCGACCAGUUUAACGUUGGAGGGCUAGUCCAUCAGUGCGGUAAGUUCCUGAUCAGCAAUUUGAUUCCAGAGAACAGUAUCGGCAUGUGGCGGUUUGCAAAGAUGUACUUCUGUUUCGAACUACAGGAGGCGGCCUUCACGUACGUCUUGGUCCACUUUGAAGAGAUAGUUCUCCUGGCCGAGUCGGAGGAAUUCCUGUCGCUUUCUGUGGACGAGUUGGUCGAGCUGUUAUACAAGGACCAACUUAAUGUGAAGAUGGAGGAAUAUGUGUUCGAGGCUGUCCUUAGAUGGAUCCGCUACCAAGAGGCCGAUCGUAGGGCCUUUAUGCCCCGUAUUCUGAUGCACAUCCGACUGGGGAUGACCAACACUGAUUACUUCAUGAAUAACAUCAAAGCACACCCCUACGUGAAGAACAACGACCUGUGUAAGCCAGUCAUCGUACAGACCAUCAACUACACGUACAACUUUGAUCCGACUGAGGGUUCAGUCGGCCCAAGCAAGGUUGUUUCCCGCCCUCGUCUACCGUUCAAGGUCCUAUUCGCUGUGGGCGGAUGGAGCGGCGGUAGCCCGACCAGUGCCAUUGAGUGUUACGACACACGUGCCGAUCGCUGGGUACUUCUAGAUACCGUCAACAACCGUCCUAGAGCCUACAUGGGUGUGGCCGUUCUCGGUUAUAAUCUCUACGUCAUUGGGGGAUUCGACAGCAACCAGUACUUCAACAGCGUUCGGAAGUUUGACCCCCUGACCCGAGUAUGGAAAGAGGUAGCUCCGAUGAACUCAAGGCGUUGCUACGUCAGCGUAGCUGUUCUCGACGGCUGCAUUUACGCUAUGGGAGGCUUCGACGGACACACAAGACUACGAUCAGUUGAAAGAUACGAGCCCAGCACCAACCAGUGGUCGCUCAUUCAGCCGAUGAAUCAUCACCGCAGUGACGCGUCUGCGUGCUCAGUCUCCGGAAAGAUUGUCAUCGUUGGGGGAUUCAACGGGAACGAGUGCCUGAACACCACGGAGCUCUACGAUCCGGAGGUCCGGGAAUGGCGCGAUUUGCCCCGUAUGGGAAGCCGCCGGAGCGGCGUGGGGUCGGUGUCGUUCCGUGAAAACGUAUACGCCGUAGGUGGUUUCAAUGGCAUAACCCGACUGAACACCAUGGAGAGAUGGCAGGUUGACGCCCCGCAAUGGACCCAGUGUCCCAGCAUGUACAUCCACCGGAGUAACUUCGGCGCCGUGGUACUUGACGACAUGAUCUUCGUCAUUGGAGGUUUCAAUGGCAUCACAACCAUCUUCAACGUCGAAUGCUACGACCCUGACAACGAGGAGUGGUAUGAUGCAUGUGACAUGAACGUAUACCGUAGCGCCCUGAGCAUCGGGCUGAUCGAGGGACUACCCAACGUCCGACAGUACACCUGGCCAAGAGACUGCGACCUGCCUCCCCCGUCUCUGCCUCCAGAUAACUCCGAUUCCUCGGGGCCCGCGCACCAGCACCGAGGAGGGAUCGCCGGUCAACAACAGCAGAGACAGCAGCAGCAGCCACAACCGCAACCGGCGAACGAUGUGGCCGUGCAAGCUGUGGUUCCGCCCGUAGUACCACCACUUGCUGCCGAAGAUAACGCAGUUGAAGAUGUACACGAAUUGAUGGAGUUCCAAGGAGUAGAGGAGGCAAACGAUGAGCUACUGGCUGGGGAGGAAAUCGAAGAAGAAGAGGAAGAUGAAGAUGACGAGGAUGACGAAGAUGAUGAAGACGAAGAGGAGCUUGAAGACGAGGAGGAACUCCAGUUUCCAGAGAGACCUCCUAACCACAGGCGCCCACCGAGGGAGCGAAGACCCGCAAGGUUAUGA